AUGGAUUCACUUGGCGCAGCAAACACUCAGUUUGGGUUUGAUCUUUUCAAAGAGCUGAAGAAAGCAAACGAUGGCAAUGUCUUCUUUUCCCCUGUGGGCAUCUCCACUGCCAUUGGUAUGAUCCUUCUAGGAACCCGAGGAGCCACUGCCUUGCAGUUACAGAAGGUGUUUCACUUUGAAAAAGACACAGACAGCACAAGAAUAAAGACUGGAGAAAAAGAGAUUGGAGAGACGGAAAAGAUACAUCAGUACUUCCAAAAGUUUCUGACUGAAAUAAGCAAACUCAGUAAUGAAUAUGAGCUGAACAUAACCAACAGACUGUUUGGAGAAAAAACAUACCUUUUCCUCCAGAAAUACCUAGAUUAUGUUGAAAAAUAUUACCAUGCAUCUUUGGAACCUGUUGAUUUUCUAAAUGCAGCAGAUGAAACUCGAAAGAAGAUUAAUUCCUGGGUCGAACUCCAAACCAAUGAAAAUAUCAAGGAUUUAUUCCCAGAUGGCUCUUUAAGCAGUGCCACCAAGCUGGUACUGAUCAACACAGUUUAUUUUAAAGGGCAAUGGGACAGAGAGUUUAAGAAAGAAAAUACCAAGGAGGAAGAAUUUUGGCUGGAUAAGAGUACAAGCAAAUCUGUGUUGAUGAUGACACAGUGCCAUUCCUUCAGCUUCACUCUCCUGGAGGAUUUGCAGGCCAGAAUCCUGGGGAUUCCAUAUAAGAACAAUGACCUCAGAAUGUUUGUGCUUCUGCCCAAUGACAUAGAUGGCCUGGAGAAGAUUAUAGACAAAAUAACUCCUGAGAAUUUAAUAGAGUGGACCAGCCCAGGGCAUAUGGAAGAAAGGAAUGUGAAUUUACACUUGCCCCGGAUUGAAGUGGAGGGGAGUUACGAUCUUGAACCUGUCCUGUCUGGCAUGGGGCUGGAAGAUGCCUUCAGUGAGUGCCAAGCUGACUACUCGGGAAUGUGUUUACUCUCUGGGUUGCAUGCCCAGAAGUUCCUGCACAGGGCCUUCGUGAAGAUCACCGAGGAAGGUACUGAGGCUGCUGCUGCCACCGGCAUAGGAUUUACUGUCACAUCAGCCUCGGAUUUUGAAGAUUUUCACUGCAAUCAUCCUUUCCUGUUCUUCAUCAGGCACAAUGAGUCCAACAGCAUCCUCUUCUUUGGCAGAUUUUCUUCUCCUUAA